CCCCUCUCCUUCCUCCCUUCCUCCUCAAACCGUCGUCCCUCCGUAAAAACAGAACAUUUCGCAGUCUCUCUCACCACCGCAUUCCACUCAAUGCCGCCGACCGCAGCGGCCGCCGCCGCCAUCCCCGCUCGCUCCUUCAAGUUCAUCACGACCUCUCUCUCCCCUCGCCCCCUCCUCCGUCUCCGCCGCCUCCGCUUCGCUACCGCCGCCGCCGCCGCCCCCGCCGCCGCCCCCUCCUUCGAAGACCCCACUCCUCCGCCGCAACAGCAAGCCGGCUCCACUUCCUACUUCCCCAAGAGGAACCAGACCCUCGAAUUGGAGUGCGAGAGCUUGGCCUACAAGGGCAAGGGCGUCUGCAAGGCCUCCGGCACCGGCUUCGUCCUCCUCUGCGACCGCGCCCUCCCCGGCGAGCGCUUCGUCGGCCGCGUCACCCGCAAGAAGGGCAAUUACGCCGAGGUGACUAAGUUGAGGACGAUAUCUCCGCACUGGGACAUCGUGGAUGCCCCCUGUGAGUAUGCUUCGUACUGCGGAGGUUGCAAGACGCAAAGCUUGUCGUACGAGGCUCAGGUCAGAGCCAAGGAGCAACAGGUCCGAGAGUUGAUCGUUCAUGUCGGGAAAUUUCCCAGUAAUGAUCCGGAGUUCCCCGCAAUGAUGAAGCCCAUUGUUCCCUGCGAUGUUCAAUUCCACUAUAGGAACAAGAUGGAAUUUUCAUUUGGCUCUCAAAGAUGGUUGCCACGUGAGUUGUUUGAAGAGAAUCGCGAUGAUACUGAUAAACAUGCUUUGGGACUGCAUGCACCUGGCUUCUUUGAUAAGGUCCUGAAUGUCAACAAGUGCUUACUACAAAGUGACCCUGCUAACAAGGUUCUUGCAGCUAUACAAGAGUGCUGGAGAGAUCCCCAACUAGGUUUGUCUCCUUAUGAUGUCCACUCUCAUGCUGGAUUUCUCAAGCAUCUAAUGCUUAGAACUGGGAGGGACAUUGAGACUGGUCAGCCGGAGGUCAUGGUUAAUUUUGUGACGUCAUCUUACAAGCCUGAGUUGCUUAAACCCUUAGUAGAGAAAAUUUCAUCUUUCCCUGAAGUGGUAAGUGUUGUUAACAAUGUGAAUACUUCGGUGGGUAAUACAUCUGCUGGAGAGGAGGAACACACUUUGUAUGGGAAAUCUACCAUCACAGAGACAUUGAGAGGGCUUACUUUUCAAAUUUCUGCCAAUUCCUUUUUCCAAACAAAUACUUGGCAGGCUGAGGUUCUAUAUAAACUUAUUGAGGAGUGUGCGGGUCUUAGAGGAAAUGGCUCAGAAAUUGUGCUAGACCUAUUCUGUGGAACAGGCACCAUUGGUCUGACACUUGCCAGAAGGGUUAGACAUGUUUAUGGUUAUGAGGUUGUUGCUCAGGCCAUCUCUGACGCUUGUCUGAAUGCCAAGCUCAAUGGUAUCAGCAACGCAACAUUUAUCCAAGGAGAUCUCAAUAAAAUCGACAAAAAUUUUGGCAGCAACUUCCCUAAACCGGAUAUUGUCAUUUCAGAUCCAAAUCGGCCAGGCAUGCACCUGAAGUUGAUUAAGUUUCUGCUGAAGCUCAAGGCUCAGCGAAUUAUUUAUGUAUCUUGUAAUCCAGCUACUUGUGCACGCGACCUCGAGUACCUUUGUCAUGGGGUGAGAGAGCAAAACAUAGAAGGGUGCUACAAAUUAAAAAGUGUACAGCCAGUAGACAUGUUCCCACACACUCCUCACAUCGAGUGUGUGUGCCUACUAGAGCUCUGUUGAUCCAAGGUUGUUGGUGUUCUCUCAACUGCAAAACUACAAAGAUCUCUCGCAGCAAGUAUGUUCUCCAGGAGACGACCCUGGUUUUCUCUGUACCAUCUUUUCAGAAGAAGUAUAUUUCCUUCUUCAGGAAAUGCAGAUUUUCAAUUCGUCUUAACAAAACUGUUUGAGAACUAAGUUGGAGGACAUUGGUGGGUGCGCUUUGCAGAUGUGGAUGUAGUAUACUGGCCCCAGAGAAAUCUUCACUUCUCUAAAUGGUACCACUGGUGCAAUUGGUUUGGGAGGAGAGAUAGUCAAUGAAGAACCUGAUGGUCAUCAGACGACACCACAAAUGGGGAGCAGCCAUUUUCCUUCUAAAGGCUUUAGAAAAGCAUCCUUUCUCCGCAGUCUUAAUUCGGCGGAGCCAAAUAUACCAAGAGAGAUGCAGAGAAUCCUGAGAAGUACGUGUCUAGACCGGAAUACUAUGAUUUACAGAUCAGCGAGCACACCUCUGGUGCAUAUGGAGUCCAUUCUUAUCACGGGUGUCCUGGAUUUUCAUCUACAGUAUGCCUCUCCUGACCAGGAAGAGGACAUAUACAGACGCAACAAGUCUUAUGGGAUCUUCAAUUGAAACAACUGCAACCACCAAGUUUGGAUUACUCGAGUUAUAGAAGAUUGUUACUAAUCCAGCAAUUUAUUAAUAGCUUCUCUCUAGUAUUACCCUGGAAUUAAGCAUCAAUUUUGGACCCUUCUUGGGGAGCGUUCCAAGCCCACUUUUGAUCUGUCGAUUCUCGAGAAUCUCUCAAUAAGGAUGUUCUCUUUUAAUAUCUUAUUCAAUUUCUUAUUGUGCUCAAGGUGAUUUAACUA